CCGUUUUGAGGUUAGACAAUGUACAAUUUAACUUUAGGAGUUAAGUUUUUAUAAAUAAGACGCCUGUCUUUAAGUAUCUUACAUUUAUAUUUGUCACUGUAUGACCUAUAGAUUACUCGACUGGAUUUGAUACUGAUUUACUGGUUAUCAACACUUAACAGCUUUGUUUACAGUUUUACGAAGUAACUUAACCAUACAAAGUAUAGGCCUACUAGUGUGAGAAAGGUUGGGUGUUAAACGUUCUAGGAUGCAGUAUACAUUACCAAUUCUUCAGCAGCCUGUUCACAUACGUUGUGACAGUAUAGCAAGAUGGGUUGAUGAGUGUACCAAUAAGGAUUUAGAAAACUUAUUACCGGAUAUCGUAGAAGAUAUUUUUGGAGUCAAAAACAGAGUUGGAUGGGGAUUAAUGAGCAUAGAAUACAGUUUAAACUCAGGAGAGUAUGACUUGCUAUUCAAGUUUCUGCAUCCUAAUGGACCAAUGUUUCGCCUCUGUUACAAACUUUUGUCAGACCCUUAUAUUAAAUACAAAUUCCCACUUGCCUUCCUACCUCAAAAAGUGAAACAGUCCAUUGAAGAAGGUACAGCUUUACCUUUCUAUAUCGACAAACUUGAAAUGGAUCCACGGACCCGCACACCAUUGCAUCUAGCUUUGAAUCCUUUUGAGUUGUACAUGUUCCACUUCAUGUACCAUAUAGUGAACCCUUGCCAGAAGUCAGUGCCCUACCAGGAGACUCGGGUAUACUCCUCACUCUACCUGAGGCUGGCAGAGGAGUAUCUGGCUACGUUCCUACCAUGUGAUGGUUCCACAGUCCUGCCAGAGUUGCCAAACCAUUACAUCUCUCAGAGCCCUCAUCGAUCCAUCCCUCAGAAGCCUGUGCGUACCUCCACGCUGUUCCGUCAAGAGGUGUUAGUAAAGAUGUUGAAGCAAAGUCCUGCAGCUAACACCUUGCAGUCCUCCCCCCAUGUAGGCAUCUGGCGCAGUGAACUCAUUGUUCAACUUUGUCUCGACUUUUGGCUGAGCAUGCCAAAUGCCUCCAGUCAGUGGGCUUACGACACCCCCAACCACUACUUGGGACCUUACAAGCCUUUAGCCUCCACAGCACAGAUGUUGUGGUCGGAGGAACAACUUCCCUCUAGUGAACAUCUCCACGCUGUGCGACUUCUUGUCAAACACUUGCACUACUUUGCCAACAGCUUAGUCGAGGACUCUAGUGCCAUGGAUGAGCUCAAGAAAAUGAUAAUUCCCUCAAGUCAAAGAAAAGUUUACCACUUCAUUCGCCAGACAAUGCAGCAUUGGCCUCUGGACUCCUCCUUUAAGCAAAUACUAGAGAUAUGGCUGAGUUACAUCCAGCCUUGGCGAUACAUGGACGUCCGCACCAUGUAUCACCGCCCCAGAGAAGACCCAACACCUGUUGACUCUCGAUGGCUACCGUUUAUUGCUGAGAAUCUCCUUGUCUACUCUGUAAUCUUUCAUCAGCUGAUAGAACGUUUCAAGAUGAUCGAUCUAGCCAGUCCAAAAAAUGCUCACAUGCUUUUUAGACUUACAAAGGUUUUCUCCCAGCCCAACUUGGCAGAGUUGUUGCGUCAGGUGGAAGGUAGUCUGGGAGAGUUUGAUGGCCGAGGUUACAGCAAGUGGGUCCAGUCUCAUCUGCUGGACUUGGAAGGCCCAGCGUUCCAGUACAAGGCUAUCUUCUCUGUCCACUCUAAAAUGGAGAACUUUGUCCGUCAAGUAAAGGAGGCUGAGUGUCAGGCAGUGAUAAGGCUGGAGGAGGAGAGUCGCAGAGAUGAACAGACCAGCUGGUGGGGACAACUCUUCUGUGGCGAUUCAGCCGAUCUUUACUCACUCAAUGAACGCAGGAAUGUUCCAAUCUUCCUUUCAGCUUCAGUCAAAAACCUCAUCAACAUCUUCCAGAUACCUGAAGAUUCUGUUGACAACAUCAACAGGUCCAUGCUGAACAACACUCCAGUCUCUUCAAGAUCUGUUUCCAUCAAUGAGAUGUCUCCGUCGGAUAUGAAGAAGAGGUUGUCAGACUUAGGGAAGGAGGGAGAUCCUGACUUGCAACCGAUCCGCUCCUACGAGAACGCUGGAUUGGUGCGGCUAUUAUACUUUUUCUGCUGUUGGGUCAACUGCAAUUAUUGUCGACAGUUGAACAGCUUGUACAUGCGUCGUGAUCUGAUUGGUGGCAUUGCCAGGCAGGUGUUGGCAGGUCCACAAAUCAUCUACUACUUUGACAAGAGUGUCCCGAAUGUGCCGUCACGUGUCUCUACCUCCUUGCCUCCUAGAUUGUCUCUGCGAGUGCUAGCCAACUAUCACUUCUUGGCCUACCUCAGCCUGCUCCUACUCAUUGCGUCGUUUGCUAGUGGAUUUAAGCUGAGUUUGGUCAUGUGUUUUGCAUUUUUCUCGUGGAUUGUGUUCAUGGUCAUCAGAUGGUUGUUGGGACAAGCUCCUUUAGUUCCGUUUGUUUCUGUUCACGAUAUCAGUGACUGCAGACCUAACUACUCAUUCGGAUGAUGAAUGAGUGGUCUCUUAAAGUUUGCCAUUGUGUGCAAAAAUGCUGACUUACAAACCACGUAAUGAUGGAUUUAAGUUAUUGGUUAGGUAAUUCAUUUCAGGAACACUUUUAAGCUCCCAAAAACCAUUGGUCGUCUAUUGGAAGUUUUAAUUAAAUUAAUUAAAAUGUUCAAUUGUCGCCAAUUAGUUUUUGUGAUCAGCAAAUGUAACAUAGUAGCUAAGUUAUAAAAAAAACUUGUUGUUAUAGUGUUUUUUUGAUAUUGUAUAUUUGUGCCAACUAUUUAUUGAAGUAGAGUACUGAGUAAGAUAAGACACCAUUGUGAUGAUUGGCACCACUCAUGUAAUACUGUGUUUAGAGACCACCCAAAGCAGUUAUCUCUAAACCAAGUAUACUUACUGGGGCGCAGUAUUCUUUACUGAACUUACUUUUACUUUUUAAUUAGUACUAUGUAUAAAGAUUUUAGAUGGAAUUAAAUUUUCCUUAUGCCUCAUUCUCAAAAGGUGUAGGCAGGCAGGGAACUCAAAUCCAGGACCAUGAAAUUGUCGAAUCUUGGGCUUAUUGCACUACAGUUACUAUUGAAUACUUAAUAUUUAAACAUUUAAAACUUUUUUUACUGUUGCAAAUCUACUUAUAAAACAGCAGGUUGUCCUUAGAUUUAAAGCAUAUACAAAUAGAAUAAAUAUAGACAGUUAGCUGUGCUGCGUUUAGCACAAGUUCUGGUGCCAACCGCCAGGAUUGCCAUGUAGUUACAGCGCACACCGCUGCAGCGUCUGUUGGUAUUAUCCGGCGAGGAGCCGACAACGGCAGCGAAUCGAAAAACAAACGGUACAUCGUGGAACCUUCCUUUGACUAUACUUAUUCUACUUGUCUAUGUUUACAGUCAAAGCUGUUAAAUAAUAUAACAUUGAUUAUGUUUUGAAUUUAACACCGAAAACUAAAUAACAAUAACCCCGGGAAUUCAUAGUCCUACAAAAUGAAAAUGUGUCUAUACACCUAAUUAAUUAGUAUUGUGAUAUAUCAGUUGUUAUUAUGAUAAUCUGGUUUACCUCACCUUAUUUUGUCAAAGUUAAUACAUUUUAAUUAUAUCAGAUUUUAAGCGUUUUAAGUUUAUUUCGUUCCUGUGACAUGUCUUACAUAUUCCAAUUUGGUAUUUGUUUACAAAUUUUGUUUUUUUUUAUUACAUUUAACAUUAAUUUAAAUGCACAUAAUUUAGUCACAUAGUUCUUAUUAUGUUACAUUGCCAAAACACCACUGUGAUGUCAGUGGCGGUGAUAAGAACCCGCGGGCCCCCCCCCCCCCCGCAAGUUUGUUCGCCGGGCCCCCCUCUCCCAAUGAUCUUUAAAAACAUUUUUCCAUGUAUUACCGCCUAAACUUGCAAUUUUGCAAUAAACUUGACAAGGCAUCUCCCGAGGCGUCAUUAUCGUCUUCAAUGAUCGCUGAAAAAUCGUAAAUACUUCCCGUAGUCAUAAGUCAUGGAAGAAACAUUAUCAUAGUUUACCCUGAUUGCAAAUGCAACCAAACCUAUGACAUCAUUAGAUAGCAGCAUCAUCGUCUCCCGCGUUCACGGCCCAAUCUAAUAUUACGGCCCAAUAUCUCCCCGCGACCCGUCGGUGGUGACGGAUAAAUCAUUUAUCCGUAAUCGCGGCUAAAUCCUAGAGAUAUCUCUCACUAAAAAAGAAACGUAAUUAUCGUCUUCCGCAACCGCGGUAAAAUAUUGAACAUCUGCGGCCACGGAGACAUCGUCAUAUCGUCACCCGCGGGGAAAUGUUCUCGUCGAUAUCCGCGAUCGCGGCAAAAGCGUAGGCCUAAUCUUUCAAUUUUGUGAGCGUGCAUGAUCCUCACGGAUAUAAAAGCUUUUAAUUUUAAUUUUGCAUUAUUGUAUUGAAUACUGAGAAAAUCGGCUCGAGCUUGAUUUUCUGACUUUAUGCUUGAUCUCUCAAGCUUGUAGUCCAUCAGGCUCUGCUCGGCUCGAAAAUCGGCAUUAUAGGCCUAUUAUAAAAAUCAACCGUUUCCAAAACAACCCGAUUUUGAACCGAUCUGAUUUGGCCUGAGGCCCUUAGUAACAUUUUUAGUGCGUUCAAGAUCGGGUUGCUUUGGAAACGGUUGAUUUUUAUAAUAGGCCUAUAAUGCCGAUUUUCAAGCCGAGCAGAGCCUGGACUACAAGCUUGAGAGAUCAAGCAUAAAGUCAGAAAAUCAAGCUCGAGCCGAUUUUCUCAGUAUUCAAUACAAUUAUGCACAAUUAAAAGUAAAAGCUUGUAUAUCCGUGAGGAUCACGCUCCCAAAAUUGAAAGAUUAGGCCUACGCUUUUGCCGCGAUCGCGGAUAUCGACGAGAACAUUUCCCCGCGGGUGACGAUGACAAGGCCACAUCGGUUAUAAAUACGGCCCUAUUAUUAUGCAACCAGUUUUGACUACGCCUUCACACAAUCCAUGAGGACAGUUCCAGUUAAUGCAACCCGCAUGACUGAUGACAAUUCUUUUACUUAGGUUGGUAGAUCAUUUAUAUGGAUUGGUCAAGUAAUAGUGUUAGUUUAGUUGUUGUAAACUACUUGAACUAUAGGUUUGAACAAUUUUCAUCAUAAAAAAACGUAGCCUAUUUUAAUUCUCAUAUAAAUAUUGUUAUGAGAGGGGACCCGUGUGGCUGAGCCUGUCACUAUAUCGCGGGCCCGUGUGCCAGUAAAAUUUACCGAAAAUCCCGGUCAAGGCUCAUGGGCACCCCUAGCUCGCGGGCCCCCCCGCACCGCGGGCCCGUUAUCGCCGCCACUGUGUGAUGUUCCUUCUACUUGUUCUACUUGUGUUCCUAUUUACUUGGACACGAAAAAUAGUAAAACUGUUCUCUAUUUUAGUGUAAAUUAUUUUCAUAAAUAUUGGUUUGGUUAAAAAAGCAAAAUUAGGGCUAAUAUAUGUUGUAAUUAAUGACUGUUGUAAAGACAUUUGUAUUUAAAAUAUCAAGAAACCCUCAACUCUGCUUUCUAUUGUACUUCCAAAGACUUAUCCAGGGACUGCAAGAAUUGUCUUAAAUUGGAUACCCUGUAAGCAGGGAUUAUGUUAGUAAUUAAAUUUACUUGGUUUGCUUGUUAAAUCUGUAUUUAAAAACAAUUUGGUUAAUUCAGUUAAUUUUUUUUUAGUUUUUGCUUAUUUUCUUACAUGCUGUGCAUGCAAAAUUAGUAGGCCUAAUGAAUAAAAAUAUUUGUUUCAAAGAAGAAAAGACUGGUAUCAAUUACUUAAGAAUUAAUUUAAUGUAAAUAUAGUGCUUUGAAACAAAAAUAUUUUUAUUUUUUAGUAGUAGUAUACUGUAUAUUUUCUUUGUACAUAAAAAUCAUCAACCUGUCAUUUCCAAAAAUGUUUCAU